UGCGCACGUGGGUGACGCUGCAGGGCCAGCCCUCUUCGGGGUCCCUUUUGUUGAACCAUCAAACAUAAGCACCUUUUGAGAUCCCGAGGGGUUCAGAUGAGAAACAGCUAUCAUCUUGUGGAAGGAGCGAUCACUUCUCAACGGCGCAGCAAUGUCGAGAUCCUUCUACGUUGACUCUUUGAUAAUAAAGGAUACGGUGCGACCUGGGCCGGCUGAGCACCCAGGGCAAGACUUCCUUAUUCCUAUCAGCAUGCAUUCUCCAAGCGUAAUGACUGUCACCGCGCCGGUCUGCCCAUCCAGGAAAAGUGGGACUUUCUGUGUUUGUCCGCUGUGCGUCACGUCCCACAUCCACUCGUCCCGCAGCGGCAUUCCCAUGCUGAAGAGUCAGUUUCCGGGAGCGGAGGCACAAUAUUGUCAGAGAAUAGCCCAGCAGUCUCCAGCUCUGGCGCACCCGGGACAUACACCUGUCUGCACGCCCACUUUCAGCGUCACAGAUCCCAGGAGAUACCACUGUCUUUCCAUAGGCGCCUCCGAGAACAGCCACAUACAGAAUGGGAAGAGGAUGCGCACGGCUUUCACAAGCACGCAACUCUUGGAAUUGGAAAGGGAGUUUUCAACCAACAUGUAUCUUUCAAGACUAAGAAGAAUCGAGAUCGCCACGUAUUUGAACCUGUCGGAGAAGCAGGUGAAAAUCUGGUUUCAGAACCGCAGGGUCAAGCACAAGAAGGAAGGAAAGGGCACCCAAAGGAGCGCACACAGCGGUUGCAAGUGCACAAGUAGCCACACAGACUAUGCAAGGUCAGAGGACGAGGAGUCUCUCUCUCCGGCCUCUGCUUCGGAAGAAAAAGAGGUGUCACCUAUCUGAGAGCAACGACGGAAGACUUCCCUUCCAACUGCUGGCACUUAACGCUGCCCUGCUUCGAAUAUGGAUUAUGGCAUCAUGCAACCUCAGGGCCAAAACAAAAAAAACAAAACAAAACAAAAAAACAACAAAAAAACAAAACAAACAAACAAACAAACAAAAAAAAAAAAACUCUUGCGUGAAGUACUAAGAAAACUGUUGGAAAUAUCGCUUGUCCAUGUUUUGCCUACUGUAAAAUGAGAAAAUUGUGAAUAAAUGUUGAAGUUAAAAGUGACGUGAAAUUUUUGGAAAUAUAACGUAUUUUGAUCCUUGAAGGGUUUUCCUGUAUACCAAGGUCUAGUUUAUAUUCCCAGUAAUUGUUACAAAAUCCCACUCCUGUCAGUGAGGUUGUGGUAAUGACAGCCUUAGAGAUAGCAUAGGCCUAACCUGUGUGAGAACUGAUAUAUUGUUCACGUGAAUUUGUAAAA